AGUGCCCCCGCUGCGCCGCCCUCGCUUCGGCUCGCCCCGCCUGCCUUAGCCCCGCUCGGGAGGGCGGAAGAACCGAGGCUACAAUGAGGAUCUCGCUGCCCGCAGAGAGAGACUGAGGAGCCUGAAUUUGCUGCGAAAAGGGUGGGAGGAAGUCCCAGGAAUGAACGGGAACGGACACCCGGGCGGGAGUCUGUGAGCCGCGGAGCGGGCGUUCCGGGAGCUAGAGCUCAGCCAGAGGAGAGACCUGGGCCUGCCUGCCCCCUUGUUUUGAAGCCACAGAACCUUUGUACAUGAGGAAGACCUAAGCCCAGAGAUGGAAUUUUGGUUUGCGUUCCUCUUCUUGGGAAUUUUCUCAUUGUCUGAUUCUGCCCGAGGCCCUCCGAGGAUCUCCGACCGGGUGGCCCCCAGGCAGUCGGCGAGGCUGGGGAGGACCAUCAAACUCCUGUGCCCUGUGGAAGGGGACCCGCCCCCUCUCACCAUGUGGACUAAGGACGGGCGCACCAUCCACAGUGGCUGGGCCCGCUUUCGGGUGCUCCCCCAGGGCUUGAAAAUCAAGGAAGUGGAACGAGGGGAUGCUGGAACCUACGUGUGCAAGGCCACCAAUGGCUUCGGCAGCCUGAGUGUCAACUACACGCUCAUCGUGAUGGAUGAUGUCACCGUGGGGAAGGAGAACCCCGGACCCGAAGGCUCCAAUGGUGAACAGGAGGACGCAUCCGGCAAACAGUGGGCCCGACCUCGAUUCACACAGCCCUCCAAAAUGCGGCGGAGGGUGAUCGCCCGGCCCGUGGGCAGCUCUGUACGUCUCAAGUGUGUGGCCAGCGGCCACCCACGACCGGACAUCAUGUGGCUGAAGGAUGACAAGACCUUGACACCUCAGGAAGUUGGUGAGAACAAGAAAAAGAAGUGGACACUCAACCUGAAGAACCUGAAGCCUGAGGACAGUGGAAAAUACACAUGCCGGGUCUUUAACCGUGCUGGCGAGAUCAACGCCACCUACAAAGUGGAAGUUAUCCAGCGGACCCGCUCCAAGCCCAUCUUGACGGGCACCCACCCUGUGAACACCACCGUGGACUUCGGCGGGACGACGUCCUUUCAGUGCAAGGUGCGCAGCGACGUGAAGCCCGUGAUCCAGUGGCUCAAGCGGGUCGAGUAUGGCACAGAGAGCAAGUACAACUCCACCAUCGAUGUGGGCGGCCAGAAGUUUGUCGUGCUCCCCACGGGCGACGUGUGGUCCCGGCCCGACGGCUCCUACCUCAAUAAGCUCAUGAUCACCCGCGCCCGGCAGGAGGACGCGGGCAUGUACAUCUGCCUGGGAGCCAACACGAUGGGCUACAGCUUCCGAAGUGCCUUCCUCACCGUGCUGCCAGACCCCAAGCCCCCCAGUGGCCCAGCGGCUCCCUCGUCCACCAGCAGCCUGCCUUGGCCAGUGGUGAUUGGCAUCCCGGCCGGCGCCGUCUUCAUCUUGGGCACCGUGUUGCUGUGGCUGUGUCAGACCAAGAAGAAGCCGUGUUCCCCGCCCCCGGCGGCGCCAGGCCACCGGCCAGCUCCUCGGGACCGAGCCGGCCUGGCUGCCAUGCCUGACAAGGACUGCCUGACCUCGGGACACUAUGAGGAUUACGGGGUGGGCGGUCAGCCGCAGCUGCCCCCACCAGCACAGCAGCACCUGCUGGGCCAGGGCCCCGGACCCACCACCAAGCUGUACCCUAAGCUCUAUACAGACAUCCACACCCACACGCACACCCACUCCCACUCCCACGUGGAGGGCAAGGUUCACCAGCACAUACAUUACCAGUGCUAGGUGGUGGCGGCCAAGGCGGUGGGUUUCGAUAGCCCGGCUCUACGUAGUGGCAGGGGGCGAGCGAGUCCCCUUGGGGGGCACCCUGCCGGGACCCAUGCAGACCCCUCGUGGGGCAGGAGGUGCAGAGAAGAGCCACCGAGAUGUGGAGGGAUGCCGAGGGAGCUCCAGGAGAUGGAUGUGGACAGACUGAUGCAGACGCAACUUCCAAGACAGAGAUCCAGAGGGACUCACAGAGCUACAGAAACAGACAUACACAGCCUCAGAAAGAGAGAAUCUAUAUAAAGAGUUCUAUUUUUUUUUGUGACAUUGCAGUGAACCUAUAGUGAUGGAAUAAUGAAGGAAUCAUCCUCCCCCCGCCCCCUCUUGCUCCAAGGCAAUUAUCCUUGAUUGAUGCUUUAUUCACUUCUGCCCCAUCCCAGACCCCUCUCCCCUCACCCCUGACGUGGUGGGUGCUUCGUCAGAGGGUUCUUGGCUUUAAAGAAACAAAAGACGCCCCGUGUCCCUUCGUCCCCACUCUGUUCCGUGCCCAAAGCUGUAGAGAUACAGGGAAGGGGUUUGGUCCCCUGCGUAGAGCAAUGUGCCCUGCCUGUGCUGGGGCCAGACAGCAGAGGAGAGCUACCUCCGGCCUCGGAGCCCAGGAUGGGGUGGGGGUGGGGGUCCUGGGAGGUGGGACCCUCUAAUAGCCCCCAACAUGGCACCAUCAUCCAUUGGGAUCUCCAGACCUCCCCUGCCCCUUCCCCCCACAAUCCCCCUUGCUAUUUAUAUUUAAGAAAUUAAGAAAAUAAUAAUAAUAUUAAUAAUAAUAAUAAAAAGGAGAGCCUUCCUGAGAAUGGGCCAUGGCCCCCCAAGGUCAGCAGUGCAUCCCUUGGUGAAUGGCCAUCCGUCCUAGAGAUCGCGCCAGCCGAUGACGGCACCCAAGAAGGGUAACCCUGGGCUGCCCAUCGAGAGCCAAAGUGGAGCCAUUGAAAAAGAUGCCGGGGCCUGUUUGCCCACCUCUUCUCCCUAAGCUGGAGCUGGGUGUUAAUGCAAAGAAAACCUCCUGUUCAGCCUGGAGAGUAUCUAAGCAGGGGCCAUGUAUGUUUAAUUUAUUUUGUUUAACGUGGUCAAACAAAGUACAUGCUUUUCCUACAAGCAAGCUUUUCCCUCUGUCCAUCUGCCAGGCUAGAAAGGCAGGCCUAUUUGGGGGUCCGCCACCCCUGGGAGCGAGUGUGGAACCAGCCAGUGGGUUCACCCCCUCUGAACCCUGGGGAAAGACAGGGGAAGUAAGCUCCGGGCCAGGACUGAGGAUCUGAAUCUGGCCAAAGGCUUUGCCUCCUCAGUCUUUUCCUUUCCCUUCCUCAGACAAACAAAAAUUAGGCAAGUUUGGAUUUGGGAAAUUUGUGUGACUUUAUGAUUCUUAAAGAAAAGUUGUUAGCCAUCUCCUAACCCCCAGUCCUGGAGGAGAGUUGGCCAGGGCAGGGGAAGAGAAUGCAAGUGGGAGUGUGGCUGUGAUUGGGGGGGCGGCUGAGCUUAGCCACUAGCUAAGGGUGUAAGGGCCCUUUCGACAUGGGCAAGGCCCCCCAAAGGGAUGCUACUGAAGCCAAGGCAGGUGCUGUGUCAUCUACCAGGGUCCUAGUGCUAGAUCCAUCUCCCACCAAGCUGCAGUCCAGACCCUAAAGAGAGAGAAGGUUUCUUCCUUCUCCCCUUUCUGAGCCAUGCUGCUACCUUCCCCCCGUACCUUUUCAUCUAUCAUCUUAUUGCUCCUCAGAACAUCCCUGUGGGGUACGUGUUAAUCUCCCCAUUUUUCAGACAAGGCUGCUGAGACCUAGAGAGGGAUUGAGGUCAUAUAGCCUACUUUGUUAGAAGGAGCUUGGAGCCAGACCGCAUAGUCCAGACUUCUCCCCUAAUAUCCAAAAAUGUCUGAGAAAGAAGAAAAGUAGCUAAGAUUAUUCUGAUCGUGCCCCUGUUUCCUCCUGACCUCAGCCUCCCAUACUCCGCUCCUCUCUGCCUUGCCCCAGGUUUUAGGAUGGUGCUGCUAAAAUUGUCAUAAGCAUCUGAACCCUUGAAAAGAGACAGACUUGGGGCUCGGAAGCUGAGGUGGGAGGGACAGGCUGAGAUCCUAGGAAAAUGGGGAGGAGGGGCCCAUGUUUUUUUAUCCAAAAUAUUUCAAGAGAAGAGAAUGUAUCAAAAGGCUUAAGCAGGCAAGGGGUACCCAGGAAGCCCUCCCCGUAGCUGCUGACAGCUCAGGCAGGUCGUACUAGUCCUCAGUCCAGGGCACAAGGGGAGCCCACAGCAUGGGAGAGUUUUGUCUGACCAUCAGUUACCCUUAGCCUCUACCGGCCAAUUUGUUGCACCCUAAACAUGAAGUUAAAAUGUCUGUCUGUAUGUGUGUAUGUGUUUGUAUGUGUGUGUAUAUGUUUGUCUGUGUCUGUGUGUAAGCCCCACCAUCCGUGUUGAGACAAUCGUGUACAGUUGGCCCCUUCCUGUUCGAUGAAAGCUUUAUUGAACAUUUAUCAAUAAAUGCGUGAAGCUA